UUCAGCAAAGCAGCCAUACCGAGAUACAAAGCCUGGUACAAAACAUACACACACACACACACAUCCAUCCUGUAUGUGAUUCCUGCGAUUUGCAAAGGCUCUAUGUUUGCUGAGAGGCUGUGAAAGAUGGAUGGCACGAGGGUCUUUUUAGCCAAUUCCAACCAGCACAUUAACAUCGGAAAAGAAACGCACAGCAGGAAUGGAUUUGUUUAUGUUAAGAACCCUCAUUUGGAUUUAAUGGAAGAAGACAUCCUUUACCACUUGGAUUUAGGAACCAAAACGCACAACCUGCCAGCCAUGUUUGGAGACAUAAAGUUUGUCUGUGUGGGAGGAAGCCCCAACAGAAUGAAGGCUUUUGCUCAGUUCAUGCAGAAAGAACUUGGACACGAAGGAGAGGACAAUGACUUGAAAAACAUUUGUGCUGGGACUGACCGUUACUCCAUGUAUAAGGUGGGCCCAGUGCUCUCCAUCAGCCAUGGGAUGGGUAUUCCCUCCAUUUCUAUCAUGCUUCAUGAACUAAUCAAAUUGCUACACCAUGCAAAAUGCUGUGAUGUUACCAUUAUCCGCAUCGGUACCUCGGGAGGAUUAGGAGUUGAGCCUGGCUCUGUGGUAAUAACAGAUGUGGCAGUGGAUUCCUUUUUCAAGCCCCAGUUUGAGCAAGUGAUCCUAGACCGUGUGGUGACACGAAGCACCGAGCUUGACCAAGACUUGGCUUCUGAGUUACUCAAAUGCAGCGGAAAGGAUUUCCCAACACUAAUAGGCCAUACAAUGUGCACGUAUGAUUUUUAUGAGGGCCAAGGACGGUUAGAUGGAGCCUUGUGCUGCUUCUCUAAUGAAAAAAAGCUAGAGUAUUUAAAAAGAGCAUACAAUGCCGGCGUGAGAAACAUAGAAAUGGAAUCCACAGUAUUUGCUGCGAUGUGCAGGCUUUGUGGCCUGAAAGGAUGCUCUACAAUCAAAAUUUAGUAAUCCAGUCUGUUCUCAUCAUUUGCACUGAACGACAAUAAUGAUACCCUCUAGUAUGGAAAAUGGACCAAGACGCCAUAUGACUUUCUGAUUUCAUACUUCUUCUCUGACUUAACAGCCAGAGGAAGUCAGUAAAUUCUGGGUUGUGUCGACUGGCACUUGGCAGAUAAAGGCUGCCCACAAGCUAACAGACGUUCCAGGGAACAUCUUGAAGAAGCACCGGUGGUCGUUUUCUCUGAAAAGCAGUAAGGAUUUGGACCCCAAAGGAAUCUGUUUAAUUUUCUCUAUGACUGGCAAGUAUUUCUCACUGAGACCAACACUAAGGAACAAUUUAACCACUGGUGAAAUAUGAAAAUUACAAACCAACAUUAACAAGUCAAACCAAGCUGCUAGGACAGUGCAAUAUUGCCAUUAGAGAAACGAUGUCAAAAGCUGAAAUAAAUACUAUUAAAAAAAAGUACUACACCAGCCAAUUCAUACAAACAGAGAAAUUGUUGCAAACCACAGUUUAGACAACAAUGAAAUGAAUUUUAUAUGAAACAGCUAUGUAUGUCAUCUGAAGAAAAAGAAAGAGAAGAGAAGAGUUCAGUUUUAUGGCAGGAAAGAAACUAGAUGCUAUCUGGUCUUAUACCUUCAAACAGAGGGAGCAGGACUUAGAUGUCUUUGAUCUAGUAACACUACACAAGGCAACCUAACAAUACAUACAGUUAAGAAGCCAGAUACAAA